UCUCUUAACCAAUUUUUUUACGAAAGAAAAAUUAUAAUUUUAUUUUUUUUGAAUAUUAUAGACACAUACAACAUGGAUAAAAUAGUUGAAAAUAAUGACAAAGAGGUCCCGACGUGGGUUACUCGAUCGAAAACGAAUAGUUUAGGCCAGUUUUUCAAGAACUUCGAGGAUAUUUACGACACAAGUGCCAACGGUAGUUUAUUUCCUAACGGUUUUCUUAAUGAAAUGGACAGGACUAGCUACGAUGAAAAUAAUAGAAGAAUUUAUAGAGUGUCACGUGAAAGCUGAAAUGGAAACUGAACGAAUGGAAUAUGAAAAAAAAACGACUGCGGCUGAACUUGAUGAACUCAAAUGUGAAUACGACGCACUUUCAACAGCUUUUGACGAGCUCAAGAAAAAUUCAGCAGAUAGUAGUCUAACAAAUGGAUUGGCGAUCAACGAUUUAGAAGGAAGGAUUAGAAAAUCAGAAGAUGACGUUAUGAUAAAAGAAAAUAAAAUUAGAAAUUUGGAAGCCGAUGUUACAGCAAAGGA